AUUAUUGUAUAUCCAAAUUUGAGUUGGAUUUUCCAAAGAAGAACUUGGAAAAACCAAACCAAGUUGAAAUGGAAACAAGAACCAUUGAAGGGAUUGAAAGGAAGGAAAUCUACCAUGAGAAACAGAGAUUGCAGUUCUGCUUGUUACAUUCCCUUAACAAUCUAUUCCAGGAAAGUAAUGCAUUCACUAGAGAACAACUGAAUGCUAUAGCCGAUAGGCUGAUCCUCAAUGAUCCAAACAAAGAUUCAAAACCAGGAAUAUGUAAAUGGGUAUUUUCAUUCUUUCAAAGGCAUGAUUACUACAAUCCGACAAGUGGGAAUUAUGACGUAAAUGUUCUAAUUACUGCAAUGGAAGGUAGAGGGAAGAAAGUAGCCUGGCAUGAUCAAAGGAAGAAAGCAUCUUCAAUUGAUCUUGACGACCCAGAAGGCAAAUUAAAUGGUAUUGUUCUUAAUAUUGUUGUCAAGAAAUUUUGUGGGCUUUUGAAAGGUAGGCAUUGGGUUGCAUUAAGAAAGAUUCACGGGUUUUGGUAUAAUCUCGAUAGUGAACUUUCUAGACCGUACAAGUUUAGGAAUGAUGUAGAAGUAAGGAAGUUCUUGGAUUCCACCAUGGCUGCCCAAUCACAAGUUCUUCUCAUUCUCAACUGAUCGAAUUCUUUCUUCAUUCUUGCUUCUUCUUUUGUGGAUGGAUAGGUAUGUGUGUGUGUGAUCAUGACCAAUAAUUAGAGAAGUUGUAAAUGAUUUUUAGUGUACAGAUUAAUAGAUAGAUGUUAUGAACUAGAUCUUUGGUACUUUUACAGACAUAGAUUUUUUUGGGAAUGACUUCUAUGAAUCAGUUGGCUAGUAAUUGAUGGCGCAUUG